GGGCGAAGGACGGAGGUGGGCUUGGCCUGCGCUGCUGGUCCCCCGAGCCCGCGCGGCCUGGCCAUGGACUGGCCGGGCUCGACGCGCCGGGGCUGUUCUGGUCUCUAGCCAGACGCGCCUUCGCCAUUUAGUCCAGCCCAGACCCUCCAGGGAACCUGGCGACAUCCCUCUUUCAUCCAGACAGUACCACGAAGGAGCCGAGGACUUGCGCUCCACGACUCCAGGAUGUGCUCCUCUGAGAUGGGGACGCUGUGGCACCUCUGGUCUCCAGUGCUCAUCAGCCUGGCCGCCCUUUUCUCCAAAGUGACAGAAAGCCGAGGGAUCCUGGAGAGCAUCCAGCGCUUCUCACUGCUGCCCACCUACCUCCCCGUGACCUACCAUAUCAACAACGCUGAUGUCUCCUUCUUCCUGAAGGAGGCCAACCAGGACAUCAUGCGCAACUCCAGCCUGCAGUCGAGGGUGGAGUCCUUUCUAAUCUACAAGUCCAAGAGGCUGCCAGUGCUCAACGCCAGCUAUGGUCCCUUCUCCAUCGAGCAGGUAGUGCCCCAGGACUUGAUGCUGCCUUCCAAUCCGUUCGGAUUCACUAACACGUUCUCCCUUAACUGGAAGCUGAAGGCCCACAUCCUGCGGGAAAAGGUCUACCUGAGCCGGCCCAAAGUGCAGGUGCUUUUCCACAUCGUGGGCCGAGACUGGGGUGACCACGGGGCGGCCGAGAAGCUACCCUGCCUGCGGGUCUUUGCUUUCCGUGAAACCAGGGAGGUGCGCGGCAGCUGUAGGCUGGACGGGGCCUUAGGGCUGUGUGUGGCAGAGCUGGAGCUGCUGCCCAGCUGGUUCAGUCCCCCGUCGGUUGUGGCCGGGAGGAGGAGGCCCUCGGAGCAGCCAGAGGGAAGUCCUGUGGAACUCUACUACACCGUGCAGUCAGGGGAUGAGCGAGGGGACUGUACCAAGGAGGAUUGGAAAAGGGGCAGUGGUGCUCGGACAGGCCACAGUGACGCUGAUGAGUCGGGGCCCCCCUUGCACAGAAUCGGGAGCGUGUUCCUUUAUCAGACCCCCAGCAGCCCACCACUGAGGGAGCUGCGUUUAGACAGCAAUGUGGCUAUUCAUUACAUCCCCAAGACGGUGAGACAGGGAGGCGUGCUCACCUUCCCAGUCUCUGUUUCCAGGAACUGCUCUGAGGAUCGCUUCACACUGAGGGCCAAGGUUAAGAAAGGGGUGAACAUCAUUGGGGUGAGAGCCAGCAGCCCUUCCAUCUGGGAUGUCAAGCAGAGCAUGGACCACACUGGGAAGUACGCACCAGCUGUCAUCAUCUGUCAGAAGAAAUCUGCUGGCUCAGAAAGCAGUGCGGAUGGUGCCUCCUAUGAAGUCAUGCAGAUUGACAUUGAGAUCGAAGGACCCAGUGACCCACCCACCACACAGCUCGUUACGUGGCAAGUUGAAUACCCAGGAGAGAUCACAUCCGACUUGGGGGUGUCCAAGAUCUAUGUGAGCCAGAAGGAUUUGAUUAGACUCAUCCCAUUGGCCAUGGAGGCAGAGAUCCUGAACACAGCCAUCCUCACCGGGAGGUCGGUGGCCAUCCCUGUGAAGGUGAUCUCAGUGGAGGAGGACGGCACGGUGACAGAUCCUUUGGACUCGGUGGAGUGCAGGUCAGCAGAUGAAGACGUGGUUAAGGUUUCUGACAGGUGUGACUACAUCUUUGUCAACGGGAAGGAAAUGAAGGGUAAGGUGAACGUGGUGGUCAGCUUCACCUAUCAGCAUCUGAGCAGCCCCCUUGAGAUGACCGUGUGGGUACCAAGGCUGCCUCUGCAGAUUGAGGUCUCGGACAUGGAGCUAAACCAGAUCAAGGGCUGGCGGGUACCCAUCGUCUCCAAUAAAAGGCCAGCCCGGGAGAGUGAGGAGGAGGAGGAUGAUGAGAAGAGGGGCAGAGGCUGCACUCUCCAGUACCAGCACGCCAUGGUGCGGGUCCUGACCCAGUUUGUGGCUGAGGCAGCUGACCCUGGGGGACACCUGGCCUACUUGCUGGGCUCUGACUGGCAGGUGGACAUCACGGAGCUGAUAAAUGACUUCAUGCAGGUGGAGGAGCCCAGGAUUGCCAAACUGCAUGGAGGGCAGAUCCUGACAGGACAAGAGCUGGGGAUGACCACCAUCCAGAUCCUGUCCCCUCUGUCGGAUGCCAUCCUGGCUGAAAAGACCAUCACGGUGCUGGAUGAGAAGGUGACCAUCACAGACCUUGGGGUCCAGCUGGUAACAGGGCUGUCACUCUCCCUGCAGCUCAGCCCUGGGAGUAACAGAGCCAUCUUUGCCACAGCAGUGGCUCAAGAACUUCUGCAGAGGCCCAAACAGGAAGCAGCCCUCAGUUGCUGGGUGCAGUUCAGUGAUGGUUCCGUCACACCCUUGGACAUUUACGACGGCAAGGACUUCUCCCUGAUGGCCACAUCCUUGGAUGAGAAAGUGGUCUCCAUCCUCCAGGACCCCAAGUUCAAGUGGCCUAUCAUUGCUGCUGAAAAUGAAGGACAAGGUGCUCUGGUGAAGGUGGAGAUGUUGAUCAGUGAAUCUUGUCAGAAAUCUAAGCGGAAGAGUGUGCUGGCUGUGGGAACAGCCAACAUCAAAGUUAAAUUUGGGCAAAAUGAUGCCAACCCCAACAGCAGCGAGGGCGGACACCUUGGGGCUGGACUUCACCUGGAGAAUAACAUUGGCAACAGGAGGUCCAAGAAGCCUCUGCAGGAGUGGGGGAGCCCCGAAGGGCCAUUCUAUGGCAGUCCUUCUGUGGGGCUCAUGGAAGGGUGGGGUAGCCCUACCAAGAGGCCCACCUUUCAGAAGGACAGCCAGGAAAGCCUGUUAGAGGACGUCAUCCCUGCACAGACCAUGACCACAGACCUCACCAGCUUCCCAGACCAGGUAGACCUCCCCAGGAGCAACAUAGACAUGGAUGAACAUGACCCUGAGCAGGCAGCCAAGGGGCUGAGCGACCUGGAGAUUGGCAUGUAUGCUUUGCUGGGUGUCUUCUGCCUGGCCAUCAUGGUGUUCCUAAUCAACUGUGUGACUUUUGCCCUUAAGUACAGGCACAAACAGGUUCCCUUCGAGGAGCAGGAAGGUCUGAGUCACUCUCACGACUGGGUUGGGCUGAGCAACCGGACAGAGUUGUUGGAGAAUCACAUGAGUUUUGCCUCCUCCCAGGAAGAGCAGAUCACUGCCAUCGACAGAGGUCUGGACUUCGAGGAGAGCAAAUUCCUCCUGAGCUCGAACUCACAGAACAGCAUCAAUGGGCAACUGCUCAAGUCCGAGGGAGCCAUGCUCACAGACUGGAAAGAUCAGAAAAGUGAGCCCCCCACAUCCCCUACCUCCAAAAGGAAAAGAGUGACAUUUUCCACCUUCUCCGCCAUCUCCUCAGAUGACGGCUGCCCUGCUGGGAGCACCAUGGUGUUGAGUAGUGAUGAUGACAUUAAGUGGGUCUGCCAGGCCCUGGGCCCAGGGGAGUGCACAGAGCUUCCCAGCUGCAUGGAGAGGCAACGUGAACAUGUGUAACACACAGACACUGUUCUCACCUCUCAGCCUUUAACCCAGGCAUGGGCGGUAGCCACGUGGUGCCCAGGGACUGAAUGAGACAAGAAGACUCAAUUAGGGUGACACCGGUCAUGGAGCCCCAGGAAAUGAUCCCCACUCACCCACGGGGGCUCAGAGUCGGUACCCAUGCACACACCAUGACACACAAUGCCUUGGUCCAACUGAAGAGGUUUAUCCGUGCAUGGCAAAAUGUUUUUAAACUUGGAACAAAGAGGGGUUCUGAGAGUUUCCGGGAAAGAAAGCUCUGCCUUUAAGAAAUUUGGGUUUUGUGAAAUCCACACAGCUCUGAUAUUCAAUAGUGCAGACAAAAAGGAAAGUGGGCUUGGGUAGAGAGUAUACGGAUCGAGGAAGCAGGCAUCUGAGCCGAGCAGCAAGGCUGGCUGUCGACAUGCUCACUGGCUGUCAGCUGCAGGACGCUAUAGUGAGCUACUAGCUCCCAAAGAUAGGUCAGAGCUAGCAGGGGAUUAUUGAUGGGCCAAGGCAGAUGUUGACAAGGGCAGAAGGGAAACACGUGGAUGACUAGGCCACAGACAUCUUUGUAACUACAUCACACACACACACACACACACACACACUUUGGAGCAUAUCAGAGCAACCUUCUGCCUGUAAACCAAGGACACUGGGCACAGACAACCAGGCCCCUUUAUCAAGUUCACUGGGUUUGAACUUGACCUCACUCCACUACCACCCUUUGGGCAGCCAUUGCUCAUUUGUGGGUGGGACAGAGCAGGGUAUUUCCAGCAUCCACUUGCCCGCUCUCCUUCCCUGGGCUUUGUGUCAGCUGGGCGGCAUUCUGUAAAGGAAGGCCUCAGGAACAUGCUUCCCUCUGAGGGGUCCACCACCACUCGUGUUGGGUCUCCUUUCCGACAACUUGCCAUUGGGAUGUUAAGAUGAAUCCCUGCACGUAGAGCAGGCAGGCUGAGCAGAGCUGUAAGAGGUAGGCAUCGGGAAAGUAGGCCUUGCAUACUUGGCCAGCAUGAGAGAUGUAGGGCAAGAGGCACUGCCUGGGUCAUGUGUG